AUGCGAGGAGCUUCUAAACGGAACUCUGACUUCACAAAGUUUGGCCAGUCAUCUGAGGCUAACAACCCGGAGGGUCAGAAGCGCGUUUGCUACAAUUACCAAAAGCCCGGUUACCAACGUGCAGAACGCCCACAAGUCGCCUACAGGGGAACACAAUCUCGCCCUGAUCGGACUGCCGGAAAAUCUCUGUUUCUUGCUCGCAAAAUAGAUCGUGAGACCUCUGGUCCAUUGGCUUCUUCAACGUCUGUUGUGAAUGAAUCCUUGAUUGAAGAGCGUGUGCAACCUGUAGAGAGACGCUGCUUGCUAUGCAGUCGUACGGAUCACAUGCUUCUCCGUUGUCCUUUUCGGGGAGGUAAAAAUUUACCAUCAGAACAAAAGACGAAGUUCACUGCAUCUGUUUGGACUGAUCCACUUAUUGGGAGCGUAGACGCGGACGAUUUUGGCAUUCAAAACACGAAAUCCCCUGGCACUAAAAAACCGCGGCUUCUUAAACUUACCUGA